AGUGUAGAUUGUUAUUGGUAUGUGUUUUAGCAGAGUGAGUCUUUAAUAACUCUUGAAAUUUAAGUUCUGUCAUCCGUAUACUGAGAAGAGCUCUGUGUACGCUUGAAAGCUUGUCUAUCUUACCAACAGAAGUUGGUCCAAUAAAAGAGAUUACCUCACACACCUUGUCUCUCUAAUAUCCUGGGACCAACAGAUACACCAACGCUGUAUGCACUAAAUUAUGUCAGUCUUCAGCUGUCAAAUCAUACUGAAUUUUUUGCAGUGGGAAAAUAGCCAAUUUCUAAAAUAGGCUGUACUUUUAAAAUUAAUUCUUGUAAUGACCCGAUCGUUCCGUUUUUCUCUUUGAAGAAGAUAAUUUUAGGCUAAGAGUUAGCUGUAUGGUGUUAUAUAAAAUUCAGGCUGUAGUUAAAUAUUAGCAGCUUAGAGGCAAAAAGAAAUCCAAGGGAAGGUUGGGGUUAAUUAUCAUGAUCUGUGGUGUCUAACAUCACAUGUCCUUUUCUGUUAAGUGUAGAUAUUUGCUUGUUUGUAAAUAGGGCAGGUCUCCUGUAUAAAGACAGUGUUUUUAUUCACACCCAACGAACAAACACCUCCACCCACUGUUGUUGUUUAAAAAACUCCAGCUGCUCAUGAAUAUAGGGUCAGAGAGGGCCGCCUAAAUGUUUCUCUGUGCUUUCUCUCCAGCACAGCCAGCAGAGCUGUUUCCUGUUCUUUGUUUCAAGGCUGGGGUUUGCGUCAUACAUUCCAAGUGGCAUAUGUGUGCUCUUUCCUGUUUCAGGCUGUUUUUUUAGUAGACCAGUAGCCCAGUCCAGGCCCCUUGUCACUGCCCUGCAACUCCCAGUCCCCACCCAGUGAGUUAUCAUGUCUCUACACACUCAUGAUUGCUUAAGUUGCCUGUGUUAUGUCAGCAUAAGAAGUCUGAGUUAACCUUUUAACACACACCCUCUACUCCAAUAUAUUUACAUGGGUAAAUAAUGAGUUUCAUUCCCUUUUCUAAAAACUUGUUUGACUCUAAAAAAAAAUUGAGUCUGAGUUCUCCUCUCACCUGUGCCAAUGUAAGUCUGGAAUAAUUCCAUUAAAGUCAAUGGAGUUGCAGUGAUGUAAUACCAGUGCAAGUGAGAAGAGAAUCCAGCCCUAUAUAUUCGUUUAUGUGAAAACCUAUUGGCUUCUCCCCAUGUCGGUUCUGAAGAUGCCACCAUGAUCAUUUUCUGUUCCAGUUUUGAUCAAGAUUAGAAUUGUACCAUUUUUUCUGAAGGGAGGAAAUAUCGUACUGUUACAUGAAUUCAAGGAUCCGCACUCUUCCAGAUUUAAUGCAGGAAAAUGAGACACUAACAACUUUCUUUGGAUUAAAUGGAAAUACAAAUUGUAAGAAAAUUAUUUCAAGUGAAGACACAAGCUAAUAAUUUUGCCCAGGACAACACAGACAUCAGAAGAUUUCACUGAAAAGAUGCUAAUGUUUGAUCCAGUCCCUAUCAAGCAAGAAGCCAUGGAACCUAUUUCAGUGUCAUACCAGUCCAAUUACAUGGACCAAAUGAAGCCAAACAAAUACAGUGUCAUUUAUCCUACCCCAAAUAUGUUGCACAAUAAAUUCUAUCAAACCCCAGAAGGACUAUCUAAUGGAAUCCAAAUGGAGCCAGUUGACCUUACAGUGAAUAAACGAAGCUCACCACAUUCAGCUGGAAGUUCUCCUUCUCCUCUGAAAUUUCAGACUGUACAUAGAAGAGCCUCACCUGGAUUAACUUUGUCCUCACCCAGCCCACCUAUGAAAAAAUUCACCCCACCACCUCCCCCAGGAGUUCAACCUUUUUCCAUGCCAUUAACAAUCCCUCCAGUAAUGGCUGCUCUUUCACGCCCUGGACUUAGGAGCCCUGGGAUACUUCCAAUUAUACAGCCACUUGUGGUCCAACCUGUUCCUUUUAUGUAUGCUCCACAUCUCCAGCAACCUAUAAUGGUGUCUACUGUUCUUCCAGAAGAGUUGGAAAAUCCAAGUAGCAUGCAAGUGCCUGUAAUUGAAUCUUAUGAGAAGCCCACAUUAAAGAAAACAAUCAAAGUAGAACCAGGAAUUGAAUCCCCAAGACCCGAGUUCUAUCCUGAACAAAUGUCUCCUCCAAUGAUGACCUCCUUGUCUCCUCAGCAAAUAAUGUUGCAAGAGAAUCACCCUUCAGUUAUAGUUCAGCCGGGAAAGAGACCUUUACCUGUGGAAUCUCCAGACACACAAAGGAAACGCAGAAUACACAGGUGUGAUUACGAAGGUUGCAACAAGGUCUAUACUAAAAGCUCCCACCUAAAAGCACACAGAAGAACGCAUACAGGUGAAAAGCCAUACAAGUGCACCUGGGAGGGAUGCACGUGGAAGUUUGCUCGUUCUGAUGAACUAACACGACAUUUCCGUAAACAUACCGGAAUCAAACCCUUCCAGUGCCCGGACUGUGACCGUAGUUUCUCACGCUCGGACCAUCUUGCUCUCCACAGGAAACGCCAUAUGCUAGUCUGAAUGUCUCUUGUCCCUCAGCUGCCCAUCACACUUUCUUUUUGUAUGUGCAUUUUAAUUUGGAUUCAGCUGGUCUGAAUCUCUGCGCUUACACAAUUAAAAGCUUCCAUAUGGUCAGUAAUAGAUGUUAUCUAACCUUGCUAUGUCCUUGCCACGGGUCAGACCUAAAGAAUGUGAACAUUUUUUUUUCUAGGGAUGCUAAGCAAACCCUUCCUGCAGACAGUAUGUGUAAUGUAUUCCUUUGUGAAUAAGGGAAUUUGUAAACUAGCAACUUUGUUGGUUUUGCCAUAUAAUCAGCCAGCAUAAAUUGAUCAACGAGUAAAUGUUAUUGAAUAUCCAGUCCUUGCCAGAGACUUUAUUUACGAGCCCUGCAAAGGAUACACUCUCCUUUUAUGCUCAACAGUGCAAUGAAUGGACUUUCCAACAUUGCUGGUUACAGCAGCAAGUUUAAAGCAACACUUUUAGAAAGACACCUUCUCACUGUAGAAAUCCCCUCUGCCAAGACAGUGAAUGACACUGUAAUAACUAACUAAGCAAAGUACUCUCUUUACAUCAUGAAAGAUUAAAUGAUAGCUGAUUUGGACUAAAUGAAUAAUAUUUGAAGAAUCAUCAGCAGAAAUUGGUGUAUACACAUGAUUGUGCCUCUAAACCAACGUCACCUAUCUUUUGUAUUAUACUGUAGUACAUGAGCUUAUGUUUAUUGCAUGAUGCCUCGGUAGAUGCCUUAAGUGUGUGAUUCCUGUGUGACACUAUCUCUGUUUUGUGUGCAGCCGUAUAGGUGGAACACACGGUACUCCUAUGCCAUGACAUGAAAUUAUUUUCACAGAGACCUACCAUACCUCAUUUCAGGGGUAAAGAUGUAUCCCUCGAUAAUCACUCCCCUGUGUUUCCUGUUCUUUAAAAACUUCAUCAUACCUCAAAAGCAGCAGUUGUCAUAUCAAAAUGCUCAAAACUGUACCAUUGGUGGAAGUAAGUGCCAAUUUGAUACACUACAGUAUUUAAAUUUUAGUUCACAAGAUUUUUUUGAUGGCAAAAGGCUAAAUGGCAUCCAAUAGGAAGCACUUCCUGUGAGAAAUUGAGUUGUGUAAAUGUCUCAAAUGAAGAGAGUAGGCUUGAUAAGCCAUUUAAUGACUCUGUGAUUUGAUUUGUGGCUCUGUUGGUUUCUUGAUGCUAGGUGGACCAAGAGAUCCCAUGGAUGUGCUUGUAUUAACAAAAUUGAGUCAGAAAGGUUCAACUCCCAGUUUCAGUUAACAAAAUAAAAUAAAUACCCAAGUAAAACAACCUAAAGUUUGGUGCUAAAUCUGUUCCAGAACUUUGGAGGUGUUAACUGCAUUAAAAGGGAGGUUCCUGCAUUUAUUAGUUGGCUGCUUUUGUGACACCACAAGGAAACAAGAUGUAUUUGUCUAGACUGUUAUGUCCCACAAUGUUUUUUGUUCAGUUCAUUAUGCAAUCAGGUAUAGUUCCUGCAAUAUGAAAAUGUCAUAGUCAAAUUUUCACCUCAUGGAAAAACCCACUGGAAAGGAAAAUAUCUGCAUGCUGCCCUCUAUGGGAAGGAAUUUGAGAGCCUGUGACGCAGGAAGUGUUCAUGACCUUAAACACUGGACACCUGGAAAAUCCUGCAUAUCCAAGAGUUGCUGUGCCAGUUUACUCUCUUGGCAGUGUGGUUACAUCUACCUGACAUCCACAGCUGCUCCCCUCUGUCAGCAAAACUGGCAGGAAGGGGAGCGUCUCUAGUAGUAUAAAUAUAGGCCAAUGUAUAGACAUUUGGGAGGGUAAAGAAUAAAUUUAUAUCUUACAGCUGUCUGAACUUUAAUGCCAAGUGUCAGAGUAAUUGGGGAUAUUUUCACUUAUUGUACAGAAAAGUGCAAAGGGUGCUUCUGACAUAAAAUAUGAAGUAUUUUCCCUGCUCUAAAAUUAACAUUCAUAUACUAACAUAUGGAACUGGGUAUCCAUUUAUCUAAGGCAGCGGUUCUCAAUCAGGGGCCUGGGGCCCCCUGGGGGUCCAUGUGCAGGUUUCAGGGGUUCCCCCCAAGCAGGGCAUUAGACUCGCUGGGGCCCAGGUCAGAAAGCUGAAGCCUCACUGCAUGGGGCUGAAGCCCGACACCUUAAUCCCCACCACCCGGGGCUGAAGCCAAAGCCAGCUUCACAGGGGUC